UUUGCUUGGCAGUCCAUAGGUGUAUUAUUGACUAUGGACGAGUGCCAAUACGGAAAAUACUUAAGGCCUCUUUGAAAGCGUGUAGGCGAAAAAAGAAGAAUUCUGAAAGUAUAACACAAAAAAUCGAGGGGGAUUUAAAGGUGGCAGGAAGUAACUGUUUUUAACCAACCAGAUAAGCCGUUAAACUGACAUCUUGGUGUACCCGAGUCGGGUUCUCUGCUUUGAAUCUGUGACGCCUGCGUUCAUUCUCGACAUGAAGAGAAGUUACAGCGAGGAGCUGAAGUUUUUCGAGAGAGUCUCUCCCUAUAGCUGGCGUAUCAAAAAAGGGUUUGUCCCGAACAUGCAGGUGGAAGGCAUUUUCUACGUGAACGAGCCGCUGGAAAAGUUAACCUUUGAAGAGUUACAGCAAGCAGCUGGAGGACAAGGACAUGGAGGAUUUCUGCCAGCAGUGAAGCAGAUUAGCAAUGUAGCAGCAUUACCUGGAAUUGUUCACAAGUCGAUUGGCCUUCCUGAUGUACACUCGGGCUAUGGGUUUGCUAUUGGAAAUGUAGCUGCCUUUGACAUGGACAACCCUGAUGCUAUAGUCUCUCCAGGUGGUGUGGGUUUUGAUAUAAACUGUGGGGUCCGGCUGUUGCGCACUAACCUGCACAAAGAUGACGUUGAGCCAGUGAAGGAGCAGCUGGCUCAUGCGAUGUUUGAUCACAUUCCAGUAGGUGUUGGUUCCAAGGGUGUCAUCCCCUUAAGUGACAAAGACCUCAAUGAAGCACUUCAGCUAGGAAUGGACUGGUCUCUGAGAGAGGGCUAUGCCUGGCCCGAGGACAAGGAGCACUGUGAAGAAAAUGGAAGAAUGCAACAAGCAGAUCAUACCAAGGUGUCUUCAAAGGCCAAGAAACGGGGGCUUCCUCAGUUGGGAACACUGGGAGCUGGAAAUCAUUAUGCAGAAGUUCAGGUGGUGGAAGAAAUUUUUGAUAAACAGACAGCCAGUACUAUGGGUAUUGACCGUGAGGGACAGGUCUGCAUCAUGAUCCACAGUGGCAGCAGAGGCCUUGGUCACCAAGUGGCUACUGAUGCACUUGCUCAAAUGGAGAAAGCAAUGAAGAGAGAUAAGAUCAUUGUGAAUGACCGUCAGCUUGCUUGUGCAAAAAUAACAUCUGAAGAAGGUCAGGAUUACUUGAAGGCCAUGGCUGCUGCAGGAAACUAUGCUUGGGUGAAUCGAACCUCCAUGACACACUUAACUAGAAAGGCUUUUGAAAAGGUUUUUAGCAGCACACCUGAGGACAUGGACAUGCAUGUUAUCUAUGAUGUGUCUCACAACAUUGCUAAGAUAGAAGAGCAUAUGAUAGAUGGCAAACCAAGGACUGUUCUUGUCCACAGGAAGGGGUCAACCAGAGCUUUUUCUCCACAUCACCCCUUGAUUCCUAAUGAUUAUCAGAUAACAGGGCAACCUGUUUUAAUCGGUGGGACCAUGGGUACAUGCAGUUAUGUUCUGACUGGCACAGAACAAGGAAUGCAGGAAACAUUUGGAACGACAUGCCAUGGGGCUGGGCGAGCGUUGUCCCGUGCCAAGUCCCGUCGAGAUCUGGAUUAUAAAGAAGUUUUGAACAAACUUAAGGAGCUGGGCAUUGCCAUCCGUGUAGCAUCACCAAAGCUGGUCACAGAAGAGGCACCUGAGUCAUAUAAAAAUGUGACGGAUGUAGUGAACACCUGCCAUGAAGCUGGCAUCAGCAAGAAGACCUUCAAGUUGCGCCCCAUUGCGGUCAUCAAAGGUUAAACACUCCACAAGUAAAUCCCACAUCUUGACCGAUUUCUUUAUUUUUUUCUUCUCACCUGACUACUUUUUGGUUAUUUCUCAAUUUAGAACAUAAGACUGUAAUGAAAAGACUAAAAAUCCUUUGUAAUCCAUGCCAGCUAACAUUUGUCAAAUGCUUGUAAAUUUAAGUUUAAUGAUACAACAUGUUUUCAUUUUGCUGCUGUUCUAGUCAGGUAUAAUAAACAGGACUAAUGCUGACAUUCACAA